UACAAUAUCCGAGUUCGAAUCCUACUGUCCCCAUUUUUUUACGUUUUUUUAGCCUCCCAAAUAUGUCUAGGUUUUGUUUACCCGCUUGCUUUUCACCCAAAUAUUUUGAGGUUUUGUUUCCCUCCCGAAUCCGGCCGCCUCCAAUCUCCCACCUUUUCGUCUUCAAUCUCAUCUGCAAUCGACAUCACCAUCACCGCUUUAGCAUCGACCUUGCUGUCACCACUCCACGAAACGUAUGCCUUGCAUCGCAUAUCUCUGGCGGUCUACUGCUCAAUUUUACCUUGCAGUGAGUUUUCGAUUUCUACUUCCUCAGUCGCAUAUCUCUGGCGGUCUACUGCUCAAUUUUAUUCUCUGUUGUUCGAUUUCAUCUCCAAGGUUUCAUAGCUGAAUUGUGUAAUGGUUGUUGGUUGGUUGUCCUUCAUGAAGCUUUCUGGUGUUGUAUAUUCUUGCUAUGAGGUGGCUUCCUCCUUCCAAGUCAUAUUUUUCCUAUUUUGCCCCUUAUGUUGCUUUGGACCUCUGUGGUUGUGAUUGCAGUUGUUGAUGGUGCUAGGAAAGUUAAAUCCAAACAUGCGGUGGUUAUAAGCAUUGAUCCUCGUAGACAAUUUUUGACAAGUGAAGAUGAGGUUGGAUUCAAGGCUAUUAAACUAGAAAAUCUGGGCCCAAAUGAGGAAGAGUACGCCUGGUAUCACUGCAUCAGUGCACUGUAAGGGUUGUAAAUAGCAACAUACUUUUAAGUUUGACCAAAUUUUUUAUUUUGUUGUAUAGAUGAUAUUUAUUGUAAUAUUUAUUAAUUGUUUUUUUUAUUGUAAUGUGUAAAUAGCCCUUACAUUUUGUUGUAUAGAUGAUGUUUUUGUAAUGUGUUAAUGUAAUGAAUUUUUAUUUCAUUUUGACCAAA